AUGGCGACCCCUUCUCUGGCUGAAAAGCUGGACAAGAUCAAGUCCCCUGGACUUCAGAGUCAAAAGAGGACUGUCGUUGUUCUGCAGGCUGUCGAGUCGACUCUCAAGGAACAGAACGCGGAUCCCACGCCCACAGGAUACUUUGCGGCUCUUCUUGCCCUUCUUCAACAGGCAAACAGCAAUGACACCGUGAACCCGGAAUUGGCGACCCCCGUCGUCUACCUUCUCGACGUCGUUACACCUUAUGCCCCGCAACCUCUUCUCCGAUCCAAGUUCACGCAGAUUCUUACUCUUCUCGCCCCCGUACUCCUGCUACAGGAUGCAGAGCCCAUGCUGUUGCGAUCGUCCAUAGGAUGUCUCGAGUCGCUUCUUCUUGCUCAGGAUGCCGCAUCUUGGGAGCUGUCCGUUUCCCAGAUUGGUCCUCGACGAGCUGUCGCAGGACUUUUGAACAUGUCCCUUGACCACCGACCUAAGGUGCGAAAGAGGUCGCAAGACGCCUUGAAACAGGUCCUCCGAAACCCGCCACCGAGCCCCUCGCUGGACCAUCCUGCCGCCGAUAUGUGCGCUCAGACUGCCACCAAGAACUUGGAGGAUUUGGCCGGUAAGAUUGCGCAGGCGCGCAAGGGAAAGAAGGCGGAUGCUUCCCACGACCCUGCCAUGAUCCAUGCCCUUCAGCUGGUCAAGACAGUUGCGGCCGCGAGUGGUGGCUGGCCAAGCAAGAAGAUCGAGUCUUUGUGCGAGUUGUUGCUGGGUAUCGCCAAGAGUGGAAACGAGUACAUGACCAUGGCGGCUUUCGAAAUUUUCGAGAUGAUCUUUGAGGGUAUGACCGAUGAACUUUCUUCAGCCAAACUUCCACGACUUAUGGAGAUUAUCUCCGAACUGCGACCUUCUGCCAACGACACCCAGCUUGUUCCCCCGUGGCUCGCCAUUCUGUCCCGAGGAUACGAUGUUUCUUCACAAGUCGAGCCUGACGAGACCUUCCAAAACCUUCCACAGAUGUUCGAUAUGGUGGCUCAGUUCCUCGAGGCCCCCUCCGAGAACAUUAGAAUUUCUGCAUCUGAGUGCCUGGUGUCCUUCAUGGCCAACUGCAUUCCCCAGCAGGUUAUCCUUGAGCCCUCAAUUUACGACGAGAAGAUUCUCGAGAAGAUUUCUAAGUCAGCAGAGUCUCUUCUCACCGUUCAGUACCAGGCCGCCUGGCUACAGACUUUCAACGUUCUGGGCGCCAUCUUCGACACCUUGAGAUGGAGGUCGUAUCCUAUCAUGAUGAAUGUCACCAAGACGAUUGGUGAGAUUCGCGAGAACGGAUCUUUCCGUAACAAGAAGGAAGCUGACGAGGUUAUUGGAAAGGCGAUUCGAGCGAUGGGCCCUGAGGCCGUUCUCUCAAUCCUUCCUCUGAACCUCGUGAAGCCUGCCAAGGGCCAGCCCGGUCGUGCUUGGAUGUUCCCUAUUCUCAGAGAUUACACAUCGAAUACGAAUCUCGCUCACUUCAAGAGCGAGAUGGUGCCCCUUAGUGAAGUGAUGUUCCAAAGGGUCCUCGAUCACGGCCAAGCUGAGAAGACAAUGGAGAUCAAGAUUUACGAAACCGUGGUUCAGCAAAUCUGGUCCACUCUUCCCGGCUACUGCGACCUUCCUCUGGAUCUCACCCAGGCCUUUGACCAGGGGUUUGCGGAAAUCCUGGCCAACCUUCUGUACAAGCAGGUUGAGUUGCGACUUGAUGUCUGCAGAGCCCUGAAGACCCUUAUCGAGUCUAACCAGGCCAUUGCUGGUAUUGAGGAGCAGGAGGAGGACCUUGUCCUUCAAAGCCGUGUCAGCCGUGCUGAUGCCAAGAAGAACCUCGAAUACCUCUCUCAAUUUGCAGGCAACAUGCUCGCAGUCAUGUUCAACGUUUACACGCAGACACUUCCUCAGAGCCGCGGACCUAUCCUCCAGACCAUCAACACAUUCCUCAGCAUUACUCCCAAUGGUGAGCUCAUGGAGACUUUCGACCGUGUAAGCAAGAUGCUUGCUGCCGAGUUGCAAAAGGAGAAGCCAGCGGACAAGAAGAAGGAGAACCAGCAAAAGUCCAAGGACCACAUGCCUUCGACAGCCCAGACUCUGAUGGAUCUCGUUAUCACAAUGUCUGUCUACCUACCACGAGAGAGUUUUGCUUCCCUUUUCGAGAUUGCUGCCGUCAUCAUCAACAAGGAGGAGGAGCCCCAACUUCAGAAGAAGGCAUACAAGCUCAUCCCCCGCUUGGCGGAUUCCGAAAUUGGCAAGGCCGCUCUCCAGGAGCGAUCUGCGGAGCUUCAGAACCUGAUCUUCUCCAGCACUGACAAGGUCUCUGCCCCUGCUCGACGAGAGCGACUCGCUGCCAUCAUCGCCCUCCUUCCCUACAUCCCCGACACCUCUCUUCACUUCAUUCCUGCUGUUCUUAGCGAAGUUGUCAUCUCAUGCAAGGAGAACAACGAGCGUGCUCGUGAAACUGCAUAUGAGCUUCUGGUUCGCAUGGGACACCGCAUGGCCGCGGCCAACAACACGACCAUCGACAACAGCAAGGUCCCCCACAUGCCCGACGAUGCCCCCACUGGAACCGCCAACAUCGAGGAGUUCUUCACCAUGGUUAGCGCUGGUUUGGCCGGCAGUACACCUCACAUGAUUUCUGCCUCUAUCACCGCCAUUAGUCGACUUCUAUACGAGUUCCGAAGUGAUCUGAGUGACGCCACCCUUUCUGAUUUGGUUCAGACUAUGGAUCUCUUCCUUACAUCUAACAACCGAGAGAUCGUCAAGAGCUGUUUGGGCUUCGUCAAGGUCUGCGUUAUCGGUCUCCCCGUUGAGCUCAUGCUUCCUCGCCUUUCAACACUCGUUCCCAACCUUAUUGUCUGGAGCCACGAGCACAAGGGCCACUUCAAGGCCAAGGUCAAGCACAUCCUCGAGCGCAUGGUCCGCCGCUUUGGCUAUGACAACAUUCACAAGAACUGUCCCGAUGACGAUAAGAAGCUGAUCGUCAACAUCCGAAAGACGAAGGAGCGUUCCAAGAAGAAGAAGGAUGCUGCUAGGGGCGAAGACGGUGAGGAGAGUGACGACGAUGAGGAGGGCCAGCCUAAGCGCCAGUUCGAGAACGAAUACGACCAGGCUCUGUACAGCAGUGAUUCGGAUGAUGGAGACGAGUCAGAGGAUGAUGCUAGGCCGAAGAGGAAGGCUCAGAAGGGCGGCAAGACAUACAUUGUCGAGGACGAUGACGAACCUCUCGAUCUUCUUGACAAGAAGGCUCUGGCCAACAUCUCCUCCACCAAGCCCGUUAAGAUGCGCAAGCCUCAACGUACCAAGGCCAAGUUCGACCUCGAUGGCAAGCUCAUCCUCGGCAAGGACGAUGACGACGAGAUGGAAGUCGAUGACCCCAACCCCGAAGCCUCAGGCGUGGGCGCCUAUGUCGCUGCCCUCAAGGGCAAGGAUGUGGCUAAGCGCGGUCGUGGAGGCAAGCUCAAGUUCUCCAACCGACGUACAAAUGACGACGAUGAUGAGGAUUUCGAGAUGGACGAUAACGAUGUCGCCGCAGUCAAGAGCAGAAUCAGCCCAGGACGGGAUCGCGGCAGCCGUGGAGGUUUCCGUGGUCGAGGAGGUCGUGGAGGCAAGAGUGGCAGGGGAGGCAUCGCUGCAGGACGAAAGGGAUUGGGCGUUGAGAAGAGACAUGGAACGUCAGGUGUGGGAAAGCCUAGGAGAGGACGCAACUAG